UAUGUAUCUUUAUGUCUCUGUUUCGUCUUCUCCUUCCUGCAGUGCUAUUAAUCAUUACUCUGUACUCUGUUUCUUCUAAAAGAAACACAAUCUUGAGCUCUUUUUUAACACCUUCUCUGUUUUCCUGCUUCUGAUUCUUUUACAGAAUAAAAGCAAUUCAUGUUAAUGGGGAGCUUAAUGAUGGAAGAGAAGCAAUUAGAUUUCAACCGCCCGCUUAUAUCCAUCAGACGUCCUACGCAAACUUCAGAAUCUGAGAGCAAAACAAGAUCUUUUGAUUCAGUAACAAACAAGGUUCUUCCUUCUCCACCUGUUUACAAGUCUGAUAUUAAGUCAGGUCCUGUGAGAAAUCCAGGAACUGUUCCUUUUCAAUGGGAACAUCAACCCGGAAAGCCAAAAGACGAAAGGAAACCGGUUUUACAAAGUAACGUUGAGCCACAUUUUGUGCCAAAGCUUCCUCCUGGUAGAGAGCGAGUAGAGUUAGUGAGGAAACCAGAAGCCAGAGCUGAUCACCAGACCAAAACUGUUAGUAAUAAUGUAUCAUCAUAUCAUGUGGAGGAUGCAAAGAGUCAUAAUAGUUCACGGUUUGAUGAUUAUGAUAGUGAUGGUACCUAUCUUGAUGCAACUGAUACACUUUCAAGAUCUGAGUCAUUCUUCUUCAACUGUAGUAAUGUUAGUGGUGUGAAUGGUUUGGAUGGUUCAGGGAUAGUAGUAGAGCCAUUUGGGACUUUAUCUAGUGAUCGACAAACUCAGGAUCUAAUGAUGGGGAGAUUCUUGCCUGCAGCUAAAGCCUUGACUUCAGAAACACCUCCACAUCUUGUUAGGAAACCGCCUAAACCAGAAGAACCGGUGAAGCAGUUGAACAAGAAGGUCGUGUUUGUAAAGGAGAAACAGAACAAAGUCGAGCAAAAUCCUUAUCGAUUCCAUCAUUCGCUUGAUCAAGAAGAAGAGGAAGAUGAGAAUACAAGCAGCAUGGCUUCUGGUGUUUGUGGAUUAGUCCCUCAAAUCUGCUUGAGAAGCUCUUUAGGACUAUUGAAUCCGGUUCCAUCUGUGAGAAUGCAGGCGCCAAGAGCUGUUUCUGUUCGUCGUAUGCGUUCUAAGUAUCAAGAUCCUGCACCUACUAAUGAAAGUCAGAACAAGGUACAAACCAAUGAAGAUAAGAGUAAGUUGAAGCUAGUUGCACAAGGGUCUUCUCAAGGUGAGUCCUUAUCAGUAUCUUCUAUUCCACAAGGAAAGGAAAAACUUGAGAACUUUGGCACUGCUUCACGCGCAAAAGUCAGCAAAAACUUUGGUGAAUUGUUGGCUAGCGAUGAUAAUACAUGGGAACCUUCCUCUGAGACUCCUGUGGCAGAGAAAACUCUGUAUGUAGACACUGUGCAUUCAGUAGAUAAGAAGGUACAAGAAGAGUCCAAGAAACAAUAUUCACUAGAGAUUGUUCCUGUUAAAGAUGUUCAGAACUUGACUGAAGUCGAUGAAGAAGCUGUUAUCCCACAGCCUAAAAGCACCGAGGAAAUGAAUGAGAACAAAGAUGAGGAUUUCACUAAAUUCUCAAGUGAAAAAGUUGAAGAGUGUUCUGAUCAAGCUAUUGUUGCAGUGCCAGAAUCCAAUGUGGUAGAGAUUACAAAGGAGAAGAAGAUUAAUCUUGAAGACCAGUUGCAGGGAAUCACAAAAAAUCUUGAAAAAAGUUCAAGGAUUCAUCAUCGGUCAUCGUAUCACAUUGUUCCUCCACCACCAUUACCAAAAGCUCCUUCAGAUUCUUGGUUAAAGCGUACAUUACCAACAAUACCAUCAAAGAACAACUCAUUCACAUGGUUACAGUCUCUUGGCGAUGAGAAUCACUUCACCAAGGUUCAAACAAAUCCAAAGUGGGAAACUAUGGUCAAAACGUCCAAUACACAACAAGGUUUUGUGUGCUUCUCCAAGGAAACACUCAACACUAUACCAGAGGCAUAGCAAGACAUUCCCAGUGGAGGUAAUGAAGAAACUGUAAAAUUUUCACACAAAAUUACAUGUAAAUCUCAACAUUAAUAAAGAAGGGGAAUGGCCAAUAAAGUUUGUUUUUUUUCUUUCUUAUAAUUAUUUGUGUAAAUCUGAAUCAAAAGGUUCAAUGAUAAAGAGAAAAGCUUUGGAGAUAUAAUUGUCUGUCACUUGUUGGGGGGAGGUUUCUUGUUGAAGUGAUGUACAGCUCAUGUUAACAGAGAUUUUAUGGCAAUAAUACUCCAUAACGUGACACUGCUUCUUUAUUCUCUA